AAUUCUCCUCCGCUCAUGCUGCGCUUAAACUCAAUCCGCAAUCGUCAGGCGCAGCCGGUAAGCUUUCAGGCCAAUCCCAUCUUCAAGACGGAGCAGGGCAAAUAUCUGGCUGAUUCUCUCGCUGAUCCUCUGAUCAAGGCCCUUACCGAAAUAGCCAACAAGCGACCCCGUGAUCCGGUGGCCUAUUUGACAAACUACCUCCAGCACUUCAUGGGUGAGCGCAGACCAAUGACCGAGGUCCAGGUUCACUCGGGAAGCAGCAAGGCCAGCACGAACUCCACCUCCACCAUGGCUAUGGCCAAAUCGAAAACCACUAGAAAUGGUCCUGGUCCAACCAAUGCAGAUCUCAUCGAGCUGGACGCUCGCUCCAUGGUGGAGGAGGAGGAUGCCGAGGGCGCCUUGGCGGUGCAGCACUUGGAGGAGCGCGAUGAACAUGGCCAGAGCAUGCUGCACUUUGCCUGCGCCAGAUCCCAUCGACGGGGAGCUCUUUACACACUCAUCGAGGAGUCGGGCAUUGAUAUCACCUACCGAGAUGAGCUAUAUCGAACAGCAAGGGAUGUCUCGCUGCAGGCCAAUCAGCCCAACAAUGCGGCAGAGAUCGAUCGCUAUAUUCUAGCUCAGGCCGUUAUUGGCGACGUGGAACCCUUUGAGCAACUCGCCCUCCAAGGCUACGAUCACAUCCUGGACGUGGAGGACGAAAGUGGUCAGUCCAUUAUCGAUGUGGUUCAAUCCCGACAGAGCGACGCCCUCUCCGAGUUCCUGGGCAAGCUACGAGGCUUGGAGGAGACCCGCGAGGAACUGCAUCAGAUGAUCAGGGACAACAAUAUGGAGCGUGUGAUGGAACUGACAGCUGUUGCCAAUGCCAAGUGGUUAAUCAAGACCAAGAACUACUAUGGUCGAACGGCCCUGCACAUAGCGGUGCUCAAGGAGUCCGAGGAAAUGGUGCAGCAUCUGGUGAAGAUCUGCCCCGAAACGUUGAAGAUCACCGAUAAUCUGGAGCGCACAGUCCUGCACUAUGCCAUGGGCACCAAUGCUUUGGAGAGCGUUAGCCGGAUUCUAAUUCAGAAUGGAGCCAAGCGCACGGCCAAGGAUCUAAAGGGAAGACAGCCAAGCUAUUACUUUAUCAAUAAGGCGGAUAUACUGCGUCUGCAGGAGGAGGAGGAGGAGAGCCGCUGAGGCACACA